CUUUCAGGUUGUUUUCGGCAGUUUCCUCUUUGAUGCUGCUCACUCAGAGAAUCACCUCGGUGUCCAUGGACCUCCAGGAGAAACGAGCUACUUUAACAUUUGACGCUUCAUCCAAAAAGAAGACUUGUGUGAUGCUUCUCCCUCUUAUCAGCUACAUCCUAAAUUUCACCACACUGCUCGGUGGGCCUUUGUGCUCCUACAGCCGAUUUGUGUCCUCAGUGAAGAGAAUCAGCCUCAACCCUCCACCUAAUCCUCUGGGUGUCGUCUUCUUCAAGUUGAUGCAGGUGUUAUUGCUGGAGCUGGUGAGGUAUUGUCUUGUCCAUUUUCUGAAACAUAACACCCAUGAUCUCUCCGAUUCCACCAUUCUCUAUGGUAUCCUGUGGGUUUGGGGUCUGGCGGUGGUUUUGAGGAUCCAGUAUUAUUCUCAUUGGAGGAUCAGUGAAUGCUUCAAUAAUGCAGCUGGGUUUGGCUUUUGGGAAAAUUCACCAGGAGAUACCCCAGACUGGAGCAGACUAUCCGACGGAGACAUCUGGACCACAGAGGCGUCGAGCCGUAUGUCAGAGUUUGCUCGUCGAUGGAACGCCACGACAGCAUCAUGGCUGCGUAGGCUGGUUUACAUACGGUGCAAAGUUUUCCCGUUGUUCAUGACUUUUAGUUUUUCUGCGUGGUGGCACGGCUGGCAUUUAGGUCACUGUGUGGGAAUGUUGACCUGGGCAGCAACAGUGAAGGCAGAUUAUCACAUACACAAGCACCUGUGCCCAAAACUGUCAUCAGCCUGGAAGAAAAUGCUGCAUUAG